CGACGCGCUACACGAUGGCCUAUCGACACAUAGAUCUCGAAACCAUCUCCAACGAUCAUGUUCGUGACAAUUCCAACAGCGUCCUUCCCACACCGGUGCCGACAGAUGUGGUCUUCGGCGAGGCAACGCCAGACCAGCGUCUUCAGUGCUACAAACUCGCUGCAGCUGCUUUUGGCUCACAUCUUUCUGAGGCGGACUUCGUCGAUCGAGAGACUUUCCUGAAUGACCAGCCUCUAACGCGGAAUGGCGGAUGUCGGGUGUGGUGCCUAUAUCGCGCCAAUGCACCCAGCACAGUGCUCUCCACCUGCAGAACUAUUCGCAGAGCAAUCCUCUUGAAGGACUCUCACGGAAUCCGUGAGGAAAUCGGCUACUGUAUUGUUUCAGUAGUUACUAGCACAGAGCACCGUGGUCAAGGCCUCGCUUCCUUACUCUUGCACCAUGUCGCCCAAUGGCUGGAUGGACCUGGUCAAGCGGCUGUCAGCAUGCUAUAUAGCAACAGGGAAGAAUUCUAUGCGAAGAAUGGAUGGGUAGCAAUGCCGGCUGCCGAAAUUUCGAUUACUGGUAAAUCCUCGAUCCAACAUAAUCACGAUAGCCGAAUCGAAUCAGCGCUCGAGGCGUUGGGGGAUGGAGACAUUACUCAGCUAUGUGCACGUGAUGUACAAUCUCUACGUUCCCAUAUCGAGACAGUAGCUAUUGCCCAAGGUGACAUCUUGGCUACAAUUCUACCAACAGCCGAGUUGAUUAGCCUGCAACAUGCGCGGGCUGACUUUGUGGGCUUGAAAUUGAAUGGCACAACUCCUCAGCGAAAAGGUGUCAGGUAUGCUUCUAAAGCGUGGUUGUAUUGGCACCAUGACUUCCGCAAGCAAUGUCUCUACAUUCAGCGCCUCCGGACUUACGUAAAAAACAAGUCCAUAAGGAUCAAGAUUAUAGUGGCGCUGUUCUUGCAAGCUUGUCAGGAAGCAGAAAGAUGGGGAUUGCCCCGGGUCGUAACAUGGGACCUCAGCUCCGAUGUUUGCGAGGCGGCUAAAUUACUAGGAAGCGGAAGUAAUGAGGGAAUCACUACACGGGAAGCUAGAAGAAAGGAAACAAUGUCGCUAAGAUGGACAGGAGGGGUACAGCUGAAGAGCGCUGCUAUAGCACCCAAUGAAGCAUAUGCGUGGAAUUGAACUGACAGAUCCUAGACAACCGC